UUACCUUUCUCCUGACACGUAGCAACCUCAACAAAGUUGGCAGGGCUCUGGGUAGAUUUGUCAAACAUUACAGGUUGUGCUCCUGCUUCUGCCCCUGUGUUUCAAACAGACUGAGAGAUGUCAGGGUUUGACAAUUUCAACACAGACUUUUACCAGUCCAGCUACAGUGUAGAUGACCAAAGCCAGGCCGGCUAUGGCUACAACAACGCUGAAAACCCCUACAACAAGCCAUAUGGUCAGUAUGACUACUCCCAGCCCAUGGGCUACUCUUCCCCAGGGAUGAUGCAGCCCCAGCAGCCAUACACAGGACAAAUUUUUCAACCCACACAAACCUACACUCCUUCCCCAUCACAAUCCAUGUACAGUAGCAGCUUCGAUGAUGAGCCGCCGCUGCUAGAAGAAUUAGGAAUCAACUUUGACCACAUCUGGCAGAAGACUCUGACGGUGCUCCAUCCAAUGAAGGUAGCAGACGGCAGCAUCAUGAACGAGACAGACCUGGCCGGCCCCAUGGUCUUCUGUUUGGCCUUCGGAGCCACACUUCUCCUGUCAGGUAAGAUCCAGUUUGGCUAUGUGUAUGGCAUCAGUGCAAUUGGCUGCCUCGGCAUGUACUGUCUGCUCAACCUAAUGAGUAUGACGGGCGUCUCCUUCGGCUGUGUGGCCAGCGUUCUCGGAUACUGCCUCCUCCCAAUGAUCCUCCUCUCCAGCUUUGGAGUCCUCUUCUCUUUACAGGGCAUGAUGGGAAUUAUAUUAACAGCAGCAAUCAUUGGCUGGUGCAGUUUGUCAGCCUCAAAGAUCUUCAUCUCGGCGUUGGCGAUGGAUGGGCAGCAGCUGUUAGUUGCUUACCCCUGCGCUCUCCUAUAUGGAGUCUUUGCACUCAUCUCUGUCUUCUAAAAAAAAAAAAUGAGUAACAGUUUAAAAAAGAACUGCCCCCUUGUUUCUGUAAAUUCAUUGUAAUUAUUGUCAGUGGAAUUAAUUAGUAAUUAUUGGCUAAUUACAUUGUUAUUACAGAAAAGGGGAGUUCCUGUACAAAACGGCACCAGGGGUUCUUUUCUUUGUUUUUUCUUUUAUAAGCCUCCACCGCUCACUACAUCCUGACUUGACCAUCUGCUGGCUGGAGUUUGUCUCACUCAUGUCGUCUCUCCACCUUGCUCCCCUUAUACAUCUUAAAGGAGAGGACUGUCAAAUGUCAAAUAGAGAAAAAUAACUUUCCUGUGGACCAUGUUGAGCCUUAAACGACCUACUGCAGUCCUAUGAUUUUAAGGACAUGAAGGGGAAGGAAGUGAGCAACUAGUUCACACAAUGGAAACCCGAGGAGACAGUUUAAUUUGGACAGAGAUGGGAAAAGGCUCUCAGUUUCCAAGGAGGACAGUUAACCAACUCUCUGCCAACCCUGCAGCCCAAUUUGGAGCCAGUGGAAAUGCCACGUACCAUGAUUUUUGCGAAAGCUGUUAUGGGCCAUUUAUGGCAAAUACCUAUAGAUCCUGCAGCUGCAAGACUGCAGGAAACACCCAUUUUCCUUCUGCACAAGACUACAGUAGCUCAUUCUACUUCACCCAGAAAGGGCGCAGUAUAAUGAGGCGGGUCUCCUCUAUAUUUUCUCCAGGACUGAGGAGCCACGAAUCUCAUCAUUUGUUCAUCACAGCAGUGAUCUGAUCUUUGAUGUAAAAACAGCAGCUGUGCUUCAUCUUCUCAUGUAAUGUUUUAUUAUAUUCUCUUGAAAUUCAUUUGAGUUUUAAUAACUUUCAAGAAGACAAAAAUACAGAUUGCACAAAAGUAUUUUCUCAAAUUUUCAAAACCAAACAAAUUUGAUUAGAAUUGAGAAUUAAUAGUCUGAGAGAUACUGUAUAUUUCCAAGUGCAGACACGUCUCUAUAGAUUGUUGCUAUAGGUUGCAUCCUUUACAUUUCUUAUAUCUUUAUUUUAGAGUCAACUCACUUUGUAUGCUUUGAUGUGUCAUCUGUUGUUCAAGUCUUCUCAUGCACAUUAAAGUUGUCUUUGAAGGUUA